GUCAGCCCUGAAGGGCUCCAGACAACCCAGUGAAAGCCCCCCGUGCAGUCUCCUCCCCACGCUCAGCCAAGCCGGGCGGGCGCUGCCCAGGGAUGGAGCGCCGGCUGUCCCCACCUGCGUGCGGGCAGCUCAGCCCCACAAAGCUGAGCGCUCCGCAUCAAGUGACACAGCAGCGGCGCUGAGCACCCCUUCUCCCUUUUCUCCCAGCCCCCUCCGUGCCGGGAGGGCGGCUCCGAGUUUCACUUUCUGUGCCCGCUCCCGGCCGAGCGGGAAAUGAAAACUGCGCGGCGGGGCGGGCGCUGCCGCUGCCUGACGCGCCGGGGCCGCCCCGCUCCGCUCCGCCCGCUGUCCGCCGGUCUUCGCAGCCUUCCCGAGCCCUGCAGCCCUGCCGAACCCUGCAGCCUUCCCAAACCCUGCAGCCUUCCCGAACCCUGCAGCCUUCCCAAACCCCGCAGCCUUCCCGAACCCCGCAGCCUUCCCGAACCCCGCAGCCCUGCCGCUCUCCGGGAGGAGCGGCCCCUCCGCGGGGCAGACGCGGUGCGCCGUCCGCCGCUGCCCCGCGCCCCUGUGAGCGAGGAUUGUGUUGUUGAUGGGACAAACCAGUGGACGUGAAGAAAGAAGCAGGAAACCAGAGGUGGCACCAAGCGAGAUCAUGGAGGCAGAAAUUGAAGUACAAAAUAACAAAGAGGAACCCAAAGAGGUGAAGGCCAAAAACCAGAAGCUGACAUCAGUCUUUGGUCUGGCAGACUUAAAAAAUGAAGCGAUUGGACUGUACAACCUGGGGCAGAGCUGCUGUCUGAACUCUCUGCUCCAAGUGUUCCUCAUGAACAUACGCUUCACAAGGAUACUCCGAAGGAUCACAGUGCCAUCAUCUCCUGCUCAGAGGAGGAGCAAUGUCCCGUACCAAAUGCUCCUGCUGCUGGAGAAGAUGCAGUGUGGCAAGUGCAAAGCUGUUGGUCCCACAGACCUGGCUCGCUGCCUCUCAGAGCACAGAGUGGAAUUGUUUGUGCAGCAUGAUGCUGCUCAGCUCUUUCUGACUCUCUGGAACUUGUUAAAGAAGCAGAUGAAAAAGGCAGAGCUGGUGGAAGAGCUUCAUGAUUUGUACACGAUCUGCAUACAGGAGCGCGUGGCCUGUCAGAAAUGCUCUUUUGAGGUGAAGAACAAAAGCACCAUGUUAACCCUUCCACUCCCAGUGCUGGAUGCCCAUUCUCACAGGCUGAAGACUCUGGAGGACUGUCUGCAAUACUUCUUCCAUCCAGAGGAGCUGAGUGGACAAAACAUGUGUUUCUGUCAACAGUGUGGGAGGAAAACAACUUUUCUGCAGAGCAUGAAGCUCGUCCAUCUGCCACAGACCCUGACCUUGCACCUGAAGCGCUUCUGCUUUGAGAGAUCCUCUCGCACGCACAAGCUGAGUCACUACCUGCCAUUCCCACAAGAGCUUGAUCUCAGGCAAGUCCUGACAGAAAGUCAGUGCCAAGCAGAUGACAGUGAAAAGGCUACGUGGCAGUAUGAGCUCUUUGCCGUGGUUGCUCACUCAGGAUCAGCCAGCUGUGGACAUUACUGUGCCUACAUUCGGAGCCUCACAGACUGUAAAUGGUAUUGCUUCAACGAUUCUGAGGUGUGCCAGGUAUCAUGGGAUGAUGUUAAAUGCACCUACGGACAUUCCAACCUCUACUGGAGAGAAACAGCCUAUCUGUUGUUUUACAUGAAAAAGCAGCCUCAGCAGCCCUGGCCAGGAGUAUCAGAGUGUCUCUGAAAGCUGUGCACUGUCCCUGGAGCUCAGCAACUCUGUGCCAGUGAGGAUAUGCACUAAAGUUUCACAAGGAAGACAUUCUGCACUCAGCAACCUCAGGCUUCACAGUUUGUGAAAAAAGUGCAGCAGACACUCAGCUAGGGAAAGGAACUGUUGCAACUAGAGACCUUUUCUUUAAUGGUUUUUAUAUAUUUAUGUGACUCUACAUGUUCAUUUCCUCUUUAAAAGAUGGUGAAGUCAGUCCUUGUCUCUGCUGCCUUACCAUUUUCCUCAGUGCUGAUGCCUGGAUGCCAUUCCAGGGGAAGUGUUUGGCCUGAGAGCCUGUGUGAUGCUCCAGGGAGGUGUGUGCUAUGACUGGAGAGCUGUGGGAGCCACAGAGAGCCAGUAAGAGCUUGAGAUUUACUCUGUCCUUUCAGAACCAUGUUAGAUGCUGGCAAGCUGGGCAGGAGACCCCAAAAAUCACCCUAGAAACAACUGGGGUAAGGAUCAGAACCCUUAUGGCACACACAUCAGUGGCACACACUCCUGAAAACCUCCCUGAAAAUGAAUCACUGCAAGGGCUGAGAUGUGUCAAGAAGUGUUUUAAAUCAGGAGCUGUCGGAGUUUCUGAUUUCCAAGAUGAGUUUGUUUAAAUUUGUGCAGGUGAUUAUUAUUUCAACAGCCUUAUCAGGCUUUUAGAUGCAUUUUCUUUCCUGUAGAGGAAGAUGUUCAGAGCAGCAGAGAUUUUGAAGCUGGUUAGUGAUUUUGCACUACACAGGCCACACGUGGUGAUAAGGGAAGUGAGAUGCCUUGAUGUGCUUGGAUUUUUGGGAUUUUUGGUAGUGUGGCUUUUAAAACACUCUUGCUGAUCCUCUUGGAUUGAGGAUCCCAGCAGUCUGGGAUCUGGAAGUACCUGCACCCUCAUACACCCUGUGACUGUGUCUUUACAAAGGUGCUGUUUUUGUAGGACUGAGCAAUUAUGAAAUUAUAUUAAAAUUAUAUAAAUGAUAUAAAACUAUAAAAAUAAUGUAGAUAUACUUCCAUCUGUGUAUAACCUAGAUUUGUCUUGGUAAUGAUGGUGAAGUUCACAAAUCAUGUCAAUUUUAUGAAGGUAAAGUGAAAAAUCUUAGAGCAUAGCUGUGAAAUUAACUCUUUCAUGGUGUAGCAGGUAUUUAUUUUGCUGUAUUAGCAAGGUCCAUUAAUCUGUUCAGCUCUGUAUUUGUAUUAUUUAUUUUGUGGUAAAAAAUCCCAGUGUAUUAUUUGCCAUCAGGAUGAGGAAUUUUCAGCCUGUUCACCUUCAGGAAUGCACUGCACCCUUUCUAAAGCAUCUUGCAAUGGGUGAGUAAGAAAAACAAGUUUCUGUUUGUUUUUCCUCUGUGAAGGAGCUGAAAAAAGCUGCAUUUUUUCUUAGCUGAACUAAGUUAAUGGGAUAAGAGACUGACAUUUCUAAUUAGCUAUAACUUGAAAUUUUAAAAUUUAUGUUUAUGAAAAAUGGCUUAAAUGCGUCAUAACCUUCCAGGGAUGUUACC